AUGGCUUCUCUCAGCCUGUUGAUCGCUGCUGCGGCGCUCGUUGUCGUCGCGGCCUCCACGGCAGCAACGGCGGCGGCGCCGAGCUGGGCACCACCGUCGUCGCCGCGCCCUCUGUUCCGUGAGUACAUCGGCGCGGAGGGCCAGAACGUGACGUUCGCGGACGUGCCGGUGCACCCGGGCGUGGACUUCCACUUCAUCCUCUCCUUCGCCAUCGACUACGCCGCCGCCGACGCCGCCAACGCCUCCGCGGCGCCCCCCCUCCUCGGCGGCGACACCGUGUUCGGCUACAACGCCACGUUCCGCGCGUCCUCGGUGGACGCCUGGGUGGACAACGCCGUCGCCUCCCUCACGGCCAUCAUCACCCGGUACGGCAUCGACGGCGUCGACAUCGACUACGAGCACUUCGGGGAGCGCGAGACGCCGGAGGUCUUCGCGGAGUGCGUCGGCCGCCUCGUGCGCGCGCUCAAGUCCGCCGGCGUCAUCUCCGUCGCGUCCAUCGCGCCCUUCGCCAACCCGGACGUGCAGGCGCACUACGGCGAGCUGUGGCGCCGCUACGGCCGCGACUUCGACUACGUCAACUUCCAGUUCUACGCGUACCCGUCCAACACCACGGUGCCGGAAUUCCUGGGCUACUACUACGAGCAGAGCGGCCGGGUUCUUCAGGGCGUGCCGGGAGCUGCGCCGCCAGGGAGGCUGCACGGCAUCUUCGUCUGGGCCGCGGACAACUCCGUCGCCGACGGGUUCCGCUACGAGCGCCUAGCGCAGAGGUUCCUCGCCGGCGCCGCCCCGGGUUUCCCGUGA